GGGCUGCUGGUGCUUAGAGAGAGUUGUGAAACUCUUAGCUGCUUGCACUGUGGGAGAGUCUACACUGCAGCCUGGAUUCACACAGAGAGAGAGAGAGUUGGAACAAUCACUCUCUCCUAUGUGAUGGACUGACCCCCCCCUUCAUCAGUAUUUGGCGCUGAACCGCUGUACCAGCCCGUACUGCAGCACCUCACUGAAGACAGGCUCUCAAAGUCACUGGCAUCUGACAGAAAACCCUUCCUACCACACAAAGAAAGGAAGGAAGGAAGAAAACAAUAAGAAGACAGAUUAAAAAGACAGAUAAGAACAAAAGCCAGAGUGUGACUUCAAAUCAAAGCAAGUGUGUUAAGUGAGAAGACUUGUUCCAUACUGCCACAGCCAUGGCAGACAGUGUGAUUGAGGAGUCAGACUACUACCCUGGGAAGGAUGAAUUGGACUGGGGAUAUCAAGAAGUAGGUAAAGAACUUAAAGAAGGUGUAGAGUGGGGUUUGCUGUUCCCUGAUGCCAAUGGGGAGUACCAGUCACCCAUCAACCUGAACUCCCGGGAGGCGCGUUAUGACCCUUUGCUCCUGGACGUGGGGCUAACACCCAACUACGUUGUGUGUCGGGACUGUGAGGUCAUCAACGAUGGACACACCGUACGCAUCAUGCUGAGGUCCAAAUCAGUGGUAACUGGUGGACCGUUGCAAAUUGAUCAUGAGUACGAGCUGCAUGAGGUGCGCUUCCACUGGGGCAAAGAGAACCAGCGGGGCUCAGAACACACAGUCAACUUUAAGGCCUUCCCCAUGGAGCUCCAUCUGAUCCACUGGAACACAACCUUGUUCAGCAGUGUGGAGGAAGCCCUGGGUAAGACGAACGGAGUUCUCAUCAUCGCUCUGUUUGUGCAGAUAGGGAAGGAGCAUCUGGGGUUGAAGGCCAUAACAGAAGUGCUGCAGGACCUACAAUACAAGGGGAAGACCAAGAUCAUACCGUGCUUCAAUCCCAACACACUACUUCCUGACCCUCUCCUGAGAGACUACUGGGUGUAUGAGGGCUCCCUGACAACCCCUCCAUGUAGUGAGAGCGUCACCUGGAUCCUGUACCGCUACCCACUCACCAUCUCACAGUUACAGAUAGAGGAGUUCAGGAGGCUCAGGUCCCAUUUGAAAGGUGCUGAUCUACCUGAGGGGAACGACGGGAUGUUGGGAGACAACUUCCGCCCCUCUCAGCCCCUCAGCGACAGAACCGUCCGGGCUGCCUUCCAGUGACAAACCCCUUCCCUCCACGGGGGAUCUUUAGCUCCACGUUUAACAGGUGUGCUGGAGUCAGAGCAGAUCCCCACCAGCUGCAACCUGUUCCAUAAUCAAGACCUCUACAAAUAGCCCUGCCACUUCCACGCUGCCAGAUCGUAAUCUCUGCUCAGUCAGUCUACGUUUCUAGCCGUUUGUUACUAUUCAGAUCCUGUUGUGCCUGUUUUCCUUGCCUGCCGCUGUUUUCCUCUCCACUACAGUUCUGCCCGCUGUGACUCUCGUCCCUGUCUCCAGUCCCACGUCUUGUCAUUCUACUACUCUGUCCUGGAUUCCCCACUCUACUACCCCCUUGGAAUCCCCUCCGGACCGGCUUACUCUGUCUCAACCCCUCUCGCUCCAGCCUCCGCACCCUCAUCUGGUUUCCAGCAACCCGCCUGAGCUUCCCAUGACCUGCACUCCAUCUCCCCCCUGUGUUUCAAUAAAUACCUUGGUUAUUUCAUCCCAGUCUCCUCGUCGGAGUCUGCUACUGGGUUCCACUCCGCGUAACAGGUAUAAGGAUUCAUAAGGAUUAUGUGACAUAAAGUGUGCCUGAAAAUGUCAUUUCUAGCUCUGUAACCAUCAUAGCGCAUAUACAGGAAACAGGAUAAUAGUUUGUGGAUUUAAGAGAGGAAAAUAUUAAUAUUGCACAAUGUCAAACAACUCUAACCCAAAACAUAGGACUUAUAAAAAUAACCCUUUGCUCCUCUACCCGCUACCUCUGUGGCCAAACCCAGUCGUAGCGGCGACAUGAUUGCUGGAUUGUUCCAUCUGCAAAAUAUUCCCUUUUUUUAUUUUCAUAGUGAGAAAGAGAGUGAAAGGAGAGGGAGAAUGGCCUUGUUGAAUCAGCUGGAAGUUAUGUUACAUUGAAUCCCCUGGACUGGUAGCUACAGAUUGUAACACCAGAUUUGGACCACUAUAUUGGUAGUUACAGAAGUGGCUGUACAAAAUGUUGCUGGACAUUUUUCAACUAACCUGGUAUUUGCGAUACUAUCUUCGUCCUCGAAUCGUGGAAACAGGCGUUUCAUAAAAUGGCUGUGUCCAGUUUCAGGGAGUCCAUUUGGAAUCGAUAAAACGCUCUGUUAAAAUAAAUUAAUGUUUGUUUGGUCCAUGAAGUAAUCCAACAAUGUGUACACCAUCUUGUCUUUUUCAAAUCUUCUCUCAUUGAUUGAGACAGGGUGGUCUACCCUAAAGGGCCGCAUGCCAGGAUGACAGAAGCCUGUCUCGAUUAAUGAGAGAUUUGUAAAAAGAAGAUGACGGCACACACAUUGUCGCCAAUACCAGGUUAGCUAAAAAAAUGCCAGCGUUUUGUAGAGCCACACCUGUAACUACCAGUAUAAUGGUCCACAUUUCUGUGGUUAAGUCACAUUAUCUGGUGUUACAAUUUAUAGCUACUGGACUUGGAGGGAGCUCACAAAGGCACGAUUUUACUCUGUUGAUGAAGGCAGCGCUGACAGACCAACCAGCUGGCUUCACCUGUGACCUGGAACAUAGCCAUUCGCUGUUGGCUGGUACAAGAUGUAUCCAUGCUCUGGACGGAGAGACAUGAUUGGCUCUGAUCCAAUAUCCUCACUAACAGUAGUAUACUAGAUGGAAGCGCUGCAUUGGGCAUGCAUUCUUACUGGUGUGAUAGUGGGGCUAUUGGUGGAAUGUAGUCCUUGUGAUAGGAUUUGUGCAGGCUUCAUGCAGGUAUGCAUACUUAGCUUGGGGCAUGUAAUUGUACUGUCAUGCAGGUUGUGUAAUAAGUAGAAAAAUGUGAAUUAACACCUGUUCCUAGGGAUUUUCAAAAUAUGGAAAAUAAAUGUACAGUACAUUAUUUAAAAAAAAGAUGCUGUUAAAACCGCACUGUUUCUCAGAAUAGGAAACACUCUUAACAAGCAGAAACGUAUGUAGUUCUGUAUAAUAUACAUGGGCAGGUCAGGUUCAAUGACCUCAGGUCAGGUUUAAUGCCAUAUAAUCUCAGAUGUCUCAUAGGCUGAUUUUUGUUGAGAUAUUUCCGUCAGCUUCUGGCUCCUGUCCUCGCAGUAUUAAACGCAGUGUUUUUGUGCUUUUCGAUAUCUGCUUAUCUAGCAAUAGGAAGCAUGGCAAUAGACGAUUAGACCACAGUGUGCCCUUUCUUGUAAAAACAAAGGAGACAUCCAUCAAAGGUAAAUGACCUUUUAAGGGCUAUAGACAACACAGUACAGCCCAGGGUUAUAGGCUAUGAAAAUGAAACAAUGAAGACUUGAAUUUUGUUGUGAUUUUUUUUUGUUGACAUUUUAAUGUUCUGUAGUUCUUGUACUGACUAAUGUGAUAAUGAUGAUGAUGAUGAUAAAGAUGACUCUUACUGUCACUUAACAAUAAAGGUCAAACUGUUAGUAGUAA